CAGUGUGAGGAGUAAAUGGCUCAGAGUAUCCGCGGUGGAAACCGACCUAAGCACUGGUCUGGGAACCGAUAAACAAACACAGCAACGCGCGUAAAAGCUCUCCACGGUGCUGGUUCUGGGAGCGCACGGAAACUGUGCCAAUUGUCCAAUAAGCCAAGAAGACACGGGAAGGGGUUUUUUUUGGGGGUUUUUUUUUUUCUUUCUUUUUUGGUUGUUUCUUUUCGUGCACGUGAACAACGAGGAUAUCUUAAUUGGACAUGUGAGUUACUGGAGUUAACAAGACAAGUAGCCUUUUCCAAGAUGAAGUUCCCCGCUUGCGUCCUCGUCACUCUGGUGUUGAUCCGAUCGAGUGCAGCACAGUCAGUUUGCCCUGGCACAGAGAACAAGUUGAGCACUCUGUCUGACCUGGACCAGCAGUACCGCACCCUGAAGAAGCUCUACGAGAACUGUGAAGUUGUCAUGGGCAAUUUGGAGAUCACCAGCAUCGAUCGAAACCGCAACCUCUCCUUCCUCAAGUCGAUCAGAGAGGUGACCGGCUACGUGCUGGUGGCUCUGAACCAGUUUGACUACCUGCCGCUGGAGAACCUGCGGAUCGUCCGGGGCACCAAACUGUACGAGGAUCGCUACGCCCUGGCCAUCUUCCUCAACUACAGGAGGGACGGGUACUACGGCCUGAGACAGCUGGGCCUGCGCAACCUCACGGAGAUACUGAAUGGGGGUGUUUAUGUCGACCAGAACAAAUUCUUGUGCCAUGCGGACACCAUCCAUUGGCGUGACAUUAUCAAGAACCCCCAGGCUGAGCUGCUGGUGGUGCCGUCCAACAACAGCAACCUCGGAUGCAAACGAUGUCAUCGCACAUGUAAUGGACGCUGCUGGGGCCAUCAGGAAGACCAGUGCCAAACCUUGACAAAGACGGUGUGUGCAGAGCAGUGUGACGGUCGAUGCUUCGGGCCUUACGUCAGUGACUGCUGCCAUCGCGAGUGUGCCGGCGGCUGCUCGGGCCCCAAGGACACGGACUGCUUCGCGUGCACCAAUUUCAACGACAGCGGCGCAUGUGUGACCCAGUGCCCUCAGCCGUUUGUGUACAACCCCACAUCUUUUCAGUUGGAGCACAACCCCAGAGCCAAGUACACCUAUGGAGCCUUUUGCGUCAAGAAGUGCCCACAUAACUUUGUGGUGGACCACAGCUCCUGUGUUAGAGCUUGUCCCAGCAACAAGAUGGAAGUGGAGGAGAACCGCAUCAAGAUGUGCAUCCCCUGUACAGACAUCUGUCCUAAAGUGUGUGACGGCAUAGGAACAGGCAGCCUGCAGACGGCUCAGACAGUGGACGCCAGCAACAUCGAUAAAUUUGUCAACUGCACCAAAAUCAACGGCAACCUCAUCUUCCUCAUUACUGGCAUUAAAGGGGAUAUGUAUCAUGGUAUUGGACCUAUGGACCCUGAGCGCCUCAACGUGUUCCGCACUGUGAAAGAAAUCACAGGUUACCUCAACAUCCAGUCCUGGCCUGAGAACAUGACAGAUCUGAGUGUUUUUUCCAGCCUGGCAACAAUCGGAGGCAGAUCUCUCUACAGUGGAAGCGGUAUUUCUCUGUUGAUCCUGAAGCAGCGUUGGAUCUCGUCCCUGCAGUUCCAGUCGUUGGACGAGAUCAGCGCCGGCAACGUCUACAUCUUCAACAACAGCCGCCUGUGUUUCUACAACACCGUCAACUGGACGUCACUCUUCAGGACGUCUAGCCAGAAAGUCCUCAUCCGCAACAACCGCGAUCCAAGGGAAUGCACUCAGCAGCGGAUGGUGUGUGACCGGAUGUGUUCGGACGAUGGUUGUUGGGGCCCGGGGCCGGACCAGUGUCUCUCCUGUCGAUAUUUCAGACGAGGCCGCACCUGCAUCGAGUCCUGCAACCUCUUUGACGGGGAAGUUCGUGAAUUUGCCAAUGGAUCCAUGUGUCUGGAGUGUGAUAGCCAAUGUGAGAAGAUGGAUGGGAACACCAUGACAUGUAUUGGCCAGGGCCCGGACCAGUGUGUAAAAUGUCUCCACUUCAAAGAUGGACCCAACUGCGUGGAGAAGUGCCCCGACGGGCUGCAGGGAGCCAACAGUUUCAUCUUCAAAUACGCCAAGGCCAACAAUGAGUGUCAUCCCUGCCAUGCCAACUGUACCCAGGGGUGCGUCGGGCCAAGGCUUCAAGAUUGUGUUGGGAUGAUGGACAGGACACCCCUAAUAGCAGCUGGCAUUAUCGGAAGUCUAUUUAUCAUCGUCAUUCUGGCGCUCAGUGUGGCCGUGUACGUUCGACGCAAAAGCAUCAAGAAGAAGAGGGCCUUGAGGCGAUUCCUAGAGACAGAGCUGGUGGAGCCCCUGACCCCCAGUGGAACGGCCCCUAACCAGGCUCAGCUGCGGAUCCUGAAAGAGACGGAGCUGAAGAGGGUCAAGAUUCUGGGUUCAGGAGCUUUUGGAACCGUCUACAAGGGCAUCUGGGUCCCAGAAGGUGAAACAGUGAAGAUCCCCGUGGCCAUUAAAAUCCUCAACGAGGCCACCGGCCCUAAAGCCAAUGUGGAGUUCAUGGACGAGGCCCUGAUCAUGGCCAGCAUGGAGCACCCCCACCUGGUGCGUCUGCUGGGCGUUUGCCUGAGCCCCACCAUCCAGCUGGUCACGCAGCUCAUGCCCCACGGCUGCCUCCUCGACUAUGUGCACGAGCACAAGGACAACAUCGGAUCGCAGCUGCUGCUCAACUGGUGUGUCCAAAUCGCCAAGGGGAUGAUGUACCUGGAGGAGAGGAGGCUGGUCCACAGAGACCUGGCCGCCCGGAACGUGCUGGUGAAGUCGCCCAAUCACAUCAAGAUCACCGACUUCGGCCUGGCGCGGCUGCUGGACGCUGACGAGAAGGAAUACAACGCAGACGGGGGCAAGGUUGGUAUGCCCAUCAAAUGGAUGGCUCUGGAAUGCAUCCACUACAGGAAGUUCACCCAUCAGAGUGACGUGUGGAGUUAUGGAGUGACCAUCUGGGAGCUGAUGACAUUCGGAGGCAAGCCAUACGACGGCAUCCCCACUCGAGAAAUCCCAGACAUCCUGGAGAAAGGGGAGCGUCUGCCCCAGCCGCCCAUUUGCACCAUAGACGUCUACAUGGUCAUGGUCAAAUGCUGGAUGAUUGAUGCAGACAGCAGGCCGAAGUUCAAGGAGCUGGCCGCUGAGUUCUGCAGAAUGGCCCGUGACCCGCAGCGAUACCUUGUCAUCCAGGGAGACGACCGCAUGAAGCUUCCCAGCCCCAAUGACAGCAAGUUCUUUCAGAGCCUUCUGGAUGAAGAGGACCUUGAUGACCUGAUGGAUGCUGAGGAGUAUCUGGUGCCUCGAGGUUUCAACAUGGCUCCUCAGUCAUAUACCACCAGGCCUCGAGUCGACUCCAACAGAAACCAGUUCGGCUAUCGAGACGGUGGUCCAAACCCCGCAGAGGGCUCCGUGGCCGGUGCACAAGCCUGUGUGAACCAGGAAGCAGCAGGUGGCUCGGCUCCAGCCCUGGAGGACCAGCGCUGCAAUGGGAGCCUGCAUAAAAAGAGCCUGAGCCAGGCUGGGGGAGAGGACAGCGGGGGCCAGAGGUACAGCGCUGACCCCACCAUCUUCCUUGGGGAGAGGACCUCCAGAGGGGACACUGAUGAGGACGGAUACAUGACCCCAAUGAAGGACAAGAGCUCCUCAGAAUACCUGAAUCCCAUUGAGGAGAACCCGUUUGUCUCGCGACGCAAAAACGGGGAGAUCCACGCCUUGGACAACCCAGGCUACCACAGCACACCCAACAGUCAACCCAAAGGAGAGGACGAAUACAUCAACGAACCCCUCUACCUUAACACCUUCCACAGCCCCGCUGAGCUGGGCCUGGAGGCCCUGAGGAGAAAUGGUCUGCCCCUUCCCACCCACCCUCCUUCGUCCAUCUCAGCCACAACCUCAGGCUCCCACCUCCCACUUACUAUCCAGACCAGCUUGCCCCACUACCCGCUCCCCACAGCCCAGCCCUCUCCAUCUGGCAUGCCUUGCCACCACGGCCCACCAACCCACAUCCUCCAUGCUCACCACACCAUCAAACCUGCAGGACAACCUGGUAAUCCAGGUGGCAGCGCCGCCACCCAGAGCCAAGCUACUGCCCAAUCCCAGGUGUGCCCGUCAGGUGGCCUGCCCUCCUCGGCCACCAUAGGGCACGGCAGCCUGCCAGCCUACCAGAUCCACGGAGCCGCGCAUCCCGCUAGCAUGCUGAAGCAUGGAGGACAGAUGUCAGGGAAGGCCACUGGGAAGAAGCUCAAGGUGACCUUUGACAAUCCAGAAUACUGGCAGCACAGCUUGCCUCCCAAAUCUUCCAACCAGGCGGCCCCCGAUGGCGCCCAGGGUGGGUCCACCAACGCCAAACUCUUCUAUAAGCAGAAUGGACACAUACGGCCGGCGGUAGCUGAGAACCCCGAAUACAUGUCGGAGUUUUCCCUGAAAUCUGGCACUGUCUUGCCGCCUCCACCUUACCGACAGCGGAACACUGUGGUCUAGAUCGUUCCACUUGACAAACGUUCCUAAAUCUGACUCCCAACAACCCCCGACAUCCUCUCCGGUUCCACUGUCCCACACAGAGGGGAGCAGACUCAACCAGAGCUGCCCCCAACUCUUUUCAAAUAGCGUGCCAUCUGCUGUAGACCGUAGCAACAUCAGAAGGAGGUGGACCGAACUGAGCCAAGCAGACCCAACUUGGACCGACGCACCUUCUCUAUAUCCAAUCCAGUCCAUUUCUGUUCUGUAGAUAGAGACUGCGCUCCGAGUCACUGAGAACGUAAAGGUUAUGGUAGUUUUUCGGCGAGUAACGGACACAUGACUGUUACACGGCAGCGAACGUACUGCGUCAUGUCGUCCCAGCGCGGUGGACGAUGACCGCAUCAAGCAAGAUGAAUUCAACUUGGGACCUGAACUCACUGCCAAACACUGCGGAGUCAGAUUCAUGGGAGGAACACAAUGUUUUAUUAUUUUUCUGUUUCCCAGAAUAAAGGUCUGAGGAGGAGCAAUACUCUGUUAAGGGUUUCUGAAAUAAGCAAACACACAGAGCAAAUACGCUGUGUUAAAUGUCAAAAUGUCUGGUUUUGUGAAUGACCUUGUAGAGUGAAGGCGAAACAGAAACACACGGAGGAAAAAAAGACUGAGAGAUUUAGUCAGGAGACUUGUAGAAACGUGAAAGACAGAGCACUGAAAGCUGAUCAAUCAUAUUCAGUCCUUUCGCCUAUAGGAUUACACUGUACCUUCUUGAAUUUUCCCAUCAAAUUUGUGAAGCUCAUCUCAUCUUUCUACUGUAACUGUGAUACUGUGAUGGCCAAAACUACAGUGAUCUCUCCUUUCACAUUUGUAGUUCAACCGUGGACUCUUAACUUGCCCUAGAACACACAGGGUGAUAUGUUGUUUUCGCUUGACUGCUGUCUACUUGGAAAAUCCGAUCAAAAAGCAGCUUUUUCCAAGCCAAGGGGUAUAAGGGAAAAACACACUGUACACAUUUUUCUAUGCACUGUUUGCAGUGCUGAAAAGAUGGAUUUUUAUACACUGGUUUUCCCAUUCAGAUGAGUAAAGAGUAAAGAGUGUCUUGCCAUAAUAGUGGGUGGUUAGUUGAGGGAAAUUGCUGUAUCUGCUGAAUGGUGUGAUAAGACCAUCCAUAAAAGCAACUGAACUCAAAAUGGCGAUCAUAGAGACAGAGAGAGUGAGGGAGAGAGCAAAGACAAAAAAAAAAAAACAUAGAGAGGGGAGUGAAAGCCGCCAUACAAGCCGCCUAAUGAAGACCUCAAGGAAUGAAGACAGCACCAGCAGAGCACAGUAAAAACACUUGUACUUUAUGUGUGUGUCCACGUGUGCGUCCGAGUGAUUGGGAUAAGUGUGUGCGUGCGCGCGCCUGUGUGUAUUCACACAUUACCGAGCCAGUUUGGCCCCACGGGGCUUUCCAUGGAAAAAGAGAUGCGGUAAAAGUCGGUGAUGACGGGGGUCGACAGCUAAAAACCUUCAGUAGCGCUGCUAACCAACCAUGAAUUCAACACUGCUCUGACCUCAAACUAGGCUUAUGUUAACCAUACGACUGCUGUCAAGUAGGACACACGACAUUCUUAACGUCACUGGCUUGAAUCAAAAGCUCAUUGAGUGGCCCGACAGCAUCAAAUCUCUGGGAGCUUUUCAUCGUUUUAAUUGGUCCUCCACUGUUGUGUUGUUUUACGUUGGGUUGGUUAAAGUCAGGAGCUUAAGUGUUUAUCUAGGAUCUACUGAUGCACGGGAAGUGAUGGUUUUGUGAUUUUUAAAACCGUGCCAAAAGUUUAGAAAACAGUUUGUCUUUGUUAUAAUGUUCAUUUAUAUGUGACAUGACUAUUAUGGUGAAUGGACCUAGGUUUAUAUCAUGACUGUGCCCAGGUUUAUGCAGAGAUUCAUCACAUCUGAACCCAGUCCUCACUAUGGCAGCCAGCUGGGACAGGAUACUGAUCUAGACAGGAAUGGGAUGCAGUUGUCGUUUCUUUGUUAAAUGGGUGUUGGUAUUAACUAUCAACCUUCUCGCCUAGAAAUUUCAUUUUUUAAAUCAAAAUAUUAAGAUUAAUUAACAAAAUGUGGCAAGUUGCAAAAUGAUACUGAUACUGAUACUGAACGUAUCAUUCAAAUUUUCUGUUGUAAUAUCCAAUCUUGUGAUCCAACAUCUGCUCGUAGCAGCUGCGUACAGGUGGUUACGAUUAGGGAAAGAUAAUGGCCUGGACUCUUAUUACUGUUAUUACCAAAACCAUGUUCUUUCACUAAUUCAUCCUUCAAUCAUUUUGUUCCCGAAACCUAACCAUAUUCAGGAUGCAGACUCCAGUAGAUUAUGGAUUAGAUUAUUAAAUCAUCUUUUCUUUUUUCAAGCGCAGCUGUAACUUGUUAAUUUGCACUUUUCCCAACACUGGAUUUUAAUCAAUGCCAGUAGAAUUUAGUCACUGAUCAACCAUGCUUCAGAUCUAUCGAGACAUAGCACCUCUUAUUAGCCCAGAGUGAUAUCAUCAAAAGUUUCACAACUGGAUUCUGCUCAGUAGAACACUGUAGAACACCCCCCCCUCGAACUCUCAAGAGAACACUAGUAAUGCAUCUGCAGGCAAACCGCCAGUCAAUGCUGCUAAAAGCACUGGUGUUACAGCCAUUAUUUCUUCUGCCAAGCCAUACACAGCACCUGUGGGUGGGAAAGCACCACAAAGCUUGCCAAACUUAGGAGAUCAAGACGAUCAUUUUGUAACGUUGUUUUGUCUCGGAGGUCCUCUUACAGCAUCUCACUAGAAUCCUAUCUUAGACUUUCCUGAACAGAACAUCAACAUUGCUUUGUCACUGCUUCAACAGCCCCGUCCGAGCUGUUUCCCUCAGUAGGAUAUUUAUUUUUUGUGUAUUUUCAUGUGUGUGAAAGUGUUUGUCUGAGUGUAUGCACAUGCAAAGCUGUAUAUUCUUGUUCUCCCCAUGGAGCACUUUGAUCAAACUUGCGGGUAGAAAGAAAGGAGUUCCACCCUUCGUUGCUGAAAUAUUCAACUUGUUUAUCUGGUCGUUUACCACUUCAGAAAGCAAAAAGCUUUUGGGAACGUACUGCUGCCAUGAGCUCACGAAGAAAACAGAUUUUAGGUGGUACUGACCAGCUUCAAGAAUGUCCUUGUUUCCAUGCUUUUUGUUUGCUUCAAGCAGUAUUUAUAAUGCUGCUUUGAUGAUAUCAUGAUUAUUUGAUGAAGGAGUAUUUUAUAGUCCCCUUUUGAGCUCUAAUUCAGUGAAAUAGAGACAGCAUUUAAUAUCAAUGUGAAAUAUUUAUAGUGUGUUUGAGCUUGUUUAUACUGAGCGAUGGAAACGACUGCCAAAUCUGGGUUUCAAGAAAAAAUAGAAAGAAAAAAAAGAAAAGAAAGGACGAUGGUGGGAAAAAGAAAAACACACGCCUUGGUUUCUCUCUCGUUUGCCCUAAAUUAUACUGCAGACCCAGGCGACAUAUGUGUUUGAAUCAAGAAAAGGCUUAAACACCGAUGAGACGAACGGUUCUCGAGAGGACUUCAGAGUAUUCCGAGACUCUCAGCAGCCCUUCGCUUUUAAUCGUCUCUCAUCAAGAGCUCAUCGCCAGAAAGGUUGGGGAAAAAAAAAAAAAUGUACCUGAAGAUCCAAGUUUGUCAAGUGUUGUUUUUGUCAUCCCAAGGCCUCGGUGUUUAAAGUUGUUUUCCAUUUGGAGAAGAAAUCAUUUUUCCUCUCGGCUGAGUAUCUCAUUCCUUGUUUCAAACAUAUUUUGCCUUGGAGUUGGGCUGUGUUACCUGCUGCUAUUUGUCUCAGCCCUGAACACUCCUGUGGCUUAUGGCAGCUCAAGAGCACGCCAUGGCAACUGGUGUUUAAGACUGAUCGCUUUUUUUAUUUCUACUUUUUACUGUCCCCUCCGAGCCAAGGUGAAGCGAGUCCUUCAACAUUUCAUCCUCAGCUACCAAGUCUAAUGUAUAGUACAAUAUCACCUUGCAUGGUACCCAAAGUGAGUGUUUUACUGCCCUUCCACCUUUGUAUCUCUUCAUUGACAGUAUUAUAUUAAGAUUUCUGGACGGCGUGGAAGGAAAUAACCAGAUAUUUUUACUGAAUUCAGUAGCACAAACUGGGAAUCCUUAUUUCUGAAAUCUUUCAUGGGAUUUUUGUGUAUAAUACCCUAUAUAUAUAUAUAUAUAUAUAUAUCAUUUUUAAUAUUGACUUUUUGCUUUUACUUUUUCCAUAUUAUCAAGGAUGUUUUUCUUCUUUUUUUUUUUCCACUAAUGUGUUGGUUACUGUACGUUAUUUUGUCAUUCUACUGCAAUGUUUAGUUGUCGGCAUCUUAAUUGCACAAAUCAUGGCCUACGAGCGGACGUCAUUCAUUUUCUGUGUUUUAAAUUAUCAAAUCAGUAUAAAUGUACAGAAUCUUUGGGGUUUCCUCCAAAAUUUAUCUAACACACUUCAACAACAAAUGUGAAUAGUAUUUUUAUAAAGCACUGAAAUGGCCAAUGUGGUGAGAAAUUUGUAAAUAAGGAGGCGAUGCUUUGAAUUUGUAUGGUCUUCUCUCCAACUGCUGUUUUCUCCUGCUUAUAACAACUUGUAGAAAAAAAAGAGCCGUACAUAUUUGCUUUAUGUAAGUGUACCUUUCGACUAAUUUUAAAAGUGCUUGUUGUCCCUUUCUCAUGUGCAUCUCUGUUCGGUGGCUUCGUGGCUGUCCUCAUGUAAUAUUUCAGUUCAGGGUGAGCGCCGUAAAAACUGGUCGUGUUGACGGUGGGCGGUGGGUGCGGGGCGGGGCGGGGUUGGGCGGGGCGGGAGGGCUGUUCAAUUCACCUGGUAAUAUCCCUGUUUCACUCCCCCACUGCCUGCCAUUUGUCAUUCGGCACCCCAGAACAAGAGACGAUACCAUCUUUUCCUCUUUGUCUCUCUCGCUUUCUAAUUCUCAUAAAACUGAACCCGACUAACCUAGGUAAACUGUUUGGGAGUCAGUGUUACUGUCCCUGCUUACCGGAUAUAUUACUGAGCCAAGUCUGACCCCCUCUGCCUCUUUCCUGAAAGGUGGAGCACAGCAUUCACGAUACAACCUGUUUUUCACUUAAUUUCUGAUUUGUUUUGCAUGCUUUUAGAGGAGACAUAGUAGAGAGAAGGCAUCAUCAAUAACUCCUCCUCGCCUACGUUAGCUUUCCAUACCUUCCCCUUGUCCCCUUAUCUAUCUCUCGGAGUUCUUUGAAACCAUACCCAAAGCUUUAUAUCAUAGAUAUACCGUUCCUCAUGUUUGUUACAUGAAUCUGUCAAAAGUAUAUUUUUAAUUUAAUAUAAAUAAAGAUUGAUUCAGUAUA